AGAGUCUGUGUUUUUCCCAGGAUGCCCCGCGCUGCUAUCAUGGCCGCCCCCUUGGGCCGGUAUCCGCACAUGGGGUUCUAGAGCUUUGGGUGUAUCCGCAGAAUUUUCGCCACUGGACUUUGGCGUCUCUGAACGCUCCUCCUUUCACUUUCUUUUGAGAAUCCUGUGUCACCCUUUUGGGGGCCCGUUUUGGCUGGGGUGAUGUCCGGGGUGACGUGGACCCCGGAGCUGGCAGUUCUGAGGGGCUUCCCCACUGAGGCUGAGCGGCAGCAAUGGAAGCAAGAGGGAGUCGCUGGCUCAGAGAGUGGAUCUUUCCUACAGUUGCUGCUAGAAGGAAACUAUGAGACCAUACUCUUAAGUUCAUUGACUCAGAAUAUUUUUAAUUCAACAAAGAUGACUGAAGAAAAGAUUGACAGCUACCUGGAGAAGCAGAUACUAACAUUCCUGGAUUUCUCACCAGAUUUGGACAAAACCCAAAGACAGCAGCUGAUAUUCCUAAUUGGUGUGAGCAGUUUGCAGCUCUUUGUUCAGAGUAACUGGACGGGGCCUCGUGUUGAUUUACACCCUCAGGAGCUUUUGCCAUCUGUCUUGUUCCAGCAAUUCAGUGAGGUGAAAGGACUGGAUGCAGCUGUUCUGAGUCUGCUCGUUCUGGAUGGCGAGUCAGUCUACGGCCUCACCGCCGGGCCCCUGCUGCUGCUCCUGGCGCGGGUGGUCCUGGUGAACGUCAGGCACAGGCUGACAGCAGUUCAGAGCUUGCCGUGGUGGACUUUGAGGUAUGUGAAUAUUCAUCAGCAGUUGCUCGAGGAACGCUCACCUCAGCUCUUUGCUCUUGCUGAAGAUUGUAUUGAUCAAGUGAUGAAGCUAGAGAGUCUGUUUGUAGGUGGCACGGGCCGCUGUUUGGCUAUUCAGUUCCACCUGGAGUGUGCAUAUAUAUUUCUGUAUUAUUAUGAUUAUAAAAAAGCAAAAGAUCAGUUCAGUAUUGCCAAAGACCUCAGCAAAUUACAAAUUGAUUUGACAGGAGCUUUGGGCAAAAGGACACGGUUCCAGGAAAAUUAUGUGGCACAGCUUAUUCUGGAUGUAAGAAGGGAAGGGGAUGCACUUUCAGAUUCUGAAUUCAGUCCAGCCCCGACUCCUCAGGAGCAUUUAACCAAGAAUCUUGAGCUGGACGAUGAUACUGUUCUAAAUGAGGUGAAGUUAGCAGACUGUGAACAGUUUCAGAUGCCCGACCUGUGCGCGGAAGAGCUUGCUGUUAUCCUUGGAAUCUGCACCAAUUUGCAGAAGAAUAAUCCAGUGCAUAAGUUAACUGAAGAGGAGCUGCUGGCAUUUACUUCGUGUUUGCUGUCACAACCAAAGUUCUGGGCCAUUCAGACGUCGGCACUGGCCCUGCGGACAAAGCUGGAGCGAGGGAGCACGCGCCGAGUGGAGCGGGCGAUGAGGCAGAUGCAGGCUCUUGCAGACCAGUUUGAAGACAAGACGACAUCUGUCCUGGAGCGUCUGAAGGUUUUCUAUUGCUGUCAAGUCCCACCUCACUGGGCCAUCCAGCGCCAACUUGCAAGUUUACUCUUCGAGUUGGGAUGCACCAGUUCAGCCCUUCAGAUAUUUGAGAAGCUGGAAAUGUGGGAAGAUGUUGUCGUUUGUCACGAAAGAGCUGGGCGGCACGGGAAGGCAGAGGAAAUCCUCAGGCAAGAGCUGGAGAAAAAAGAAACGCCAAGUUUGUACUGCUUGCUUGGAGACGUCCUCCGCGACCACUCGUACUACGACAAGGCCUGGGAGCUGUCCCGGCACCGCAGCGCGCGCGCCCAGCGCUCCAAGGGCCUCCUCCACCUGCGGAACAAGGAGUUUAAGGAGUGUGUGGAGUGCUUCGAGCGCUCCGUCAAGAUUAAUCCCAUGCAGCUCGGGGUGUGGUUUUCUCUCGGCUGCGCGCACUUGGCCUUGGAAGACUACGGAGGCUCCGCGAAGGCGUUUCAGCGCUGCGUGACUCUGGAACCCGAUAAUGCUGAAGCUUGGAACAAUUUAUCGACAUCCUAUAUCCGAUUAAAACAAAAAGACAAGGCCUUCAGAACUUUGCAGGAAGCCCUCAAGUGCAACUACGAGCACUGGCAGAUCUGGGAGAACUACAUCCUCACCAGCACUGACGUUGGGGAAUUCUCUGAAGCCAUUAAAGCUUAUCACCGGCUCUUGGACUUAAGAGACAAAUACAAAGAUGUUCAGGUCCUGAAGAUCCUGGUGAGGGCAGUGACCGACGGGAUGACUGACCGCAGUGGGGCCACUGCCGCCAGCCUCGGAGGAAAGCUGCGGGAGUUACUGGGCAGAGUCACCUCGAGAGUGACAAACGAUGGGGACAUCUGGAGGCUGUACGCCCACGUGUACGGGGACGGACAGAGUGAGAAGCCCGACGACAAUGAGAAGGCGUUCCAGUAUCUCUGUAAGGCGUACAAGUGUGACACGCAGUCCAGUGGUUGGGAGAAAGACAUUACGUCAUUUAAGGAAGUGGUUCAGAGAGCCUUAGGACUUGCACAUGUGGCUGUGAGAUGCAGCGAGAACAAGUCCAGUCCCCAGGAAGCUGUGCAGGCGCUGUCUUCCGUGCGGCUCCACCUCCGGGGCCUGGCGUCCAAGGCCAAGCAACUUUUUACAGAUGUGGCGAGCGGAGAAAUCUCUAGCGAGCUGGCCGAUGACGUGGCAGCUCUGGACGCCGCGGCGGCGGAGCUCCAGGACCUGAGCAACCAGCUCCGCAAUCGGUACUGACCGCCCGGGGCGCUUCCGGGGAGGGCUUUGCCUCUGGGAUUUCUCUGUCCCCGUGUAUCUGAAAGGCGAGGUGUUGAUUUUUUAAAUAAAUUUCUUUUUUAUGACCAAC